GUUGUGUUGUUGUCUCACAGCUGUUGUCAUGUGAUAGCCUGCCCUGAGCAAGCUGCUGUACACAGUAGCUUUUUACCUUGGUGUUGGUUUAAAUUAAAAAACACCCUGGCGGAUUCUUAGCUUUAUGUUUGUAACGGAAGAGUAACGCGGCUCUGUUGUGAAGGAGAGCGGAGAAGGAGGGGUUGCGUAGUUUGACUCCUCGGACGCAGCAAUGGGUUGCUGUUACAGUGGCGAGGAAGACAGCUCCGGACAGAAGAAUGAUGAGAUCGAACCGCUGCUAUCCCACCAAAACCCUGUGAGCAAACCUCCAAAUGGGACAGACUGGACCACAACCAGUGUCCCCUCUGCACAGACAGAUGGACAAGCCCUCCUCACAUCCAUCCUGACAAAGACUGCUCAGAACAUCAUUGAUGUCUCAGCAGCGGACUCUGUAGUGAUGGAGCAGCACGAAAUCAUGGACAAAGCUCGACAAUACAGUACAAAACUGGCUGUAUUAAGCACCAGUUUGCCUCAGAAGAAAGCCCUCUCUCUUCCCUCCCUAACAAGCCAGCCCCACCAAGUGCUCGCAAGUGACCUGGUGCCAUACUCAGAUGUUCAGCAGGUAUCCAAGAUAGCAGCUUAUGCAUAUAGUGCAAUCUCUCAAAUCAAAGUGGAUGCUAAAGAGGAACUGGUUGUCCAGUUUGCUAUUCCCUGACUCUUUCCUGCGUACAGUUCCACCCAUCCUACUCGCUCGUUGCCACUCCUGCUUCAUCAUCCUCCAGUCCACCUGUUUUUUUUCAAUAAAACGUUUUGGUUAUCGUGCUUUUAGCUCUGCCACGAACUUCUUUGAACACAGGAAGUGAAUGCUAACCCCCCGGAAAAAGAAAAAAAACUCUUAAUGAAUUUAUCCAGCAGAUGAGUGGAGGAGGCUUUUGCCCUACGUUUAUGGUGAUCCGCUCAGAGAGGCAUCCUCUGUGUAUAAAACAUGUAUAACAGCCUUUUUUUCAGGUUUUGUAAAAGAAAUGUCAAUCUAAAACCUUUUUUAGGUUUCCGGGCUCUUCUCGGUGUCUUUAUUUCUUUAUUAGACUCUAUGUUCCAUCAAGCACACACACUGAGACGGCUUCAUGAUGAUUGGCUCAGGUUUACCUGCGAUAGACAGUUUUACAGAACAGACCUACAGUUGUAGUGCACCUGCAAAGAUCCCGUAACAUGUCAUCAUAUCUGUACAAAUAACUUAAAAGCCGAAUUACUCCUCAGUUGGUUUUUGUCUGAGCAGUAAAAAAAAAAAAAGUAAAUUUUAGCUUUAAAAGAGCAAAUAUCAAUUAUAUCGUUGUAUUUCAGAUCAUGCAGGUCAUCUGGUGUCAUUCUCAAGAAAAAAAAAAGCUGUUUUCAUUUUAGCAUCAGACAGCUUUAUCUGUCAGCUGAUGAUGGUUAUGAUUGACAAACAUGAGCCUUGGAUGCAGGCUGGUUGGGCCACCUGGUGUCAUCUGAAAACAUUUGAGUGUGAUGCUCAAAUUUACAGAUGCUGUUUGAAUAUCCUCGCCUUCUGAUGAGCUGGGCAGGAAUUAAACAUUUUAAAUGACGGGUAGAGAAAUCAAAGGUGUCGCUGGUGGCCUACGGGGGUGCAGAGACUUGCAAUGUAUAAUCAUUACCUUCUAGCAGAAUCUUCUGAUUGAUGACAUCGAUGGCUGGAGGGUCCUGUUGGAUGAUGCUUUUGUUUUUUUAAUAAGACACAACACUUUUCAGGUCUGCAGUCGUUAGCUUUUUACUCAAAGCGUUUCCAGUUUGAGGUUUUCAUAUUAAUCAGAAACUAACACCUGUAGCACCGUAGUGGUGUGUUAAUCUACGCACCAGGGGAGAUAAACCUCAGUUCCUUGGGAAAUUAUUUAUGUAUUUUUUUUCUGUUCUUAAAUGUACAUGUGUGUUUUGAAGGAGCACACAAAGUAAGCUGAUCUGGAGUCUCUAAAGGGAGCCUGCAAGUCUGUGACUAAACCACAACUGAUUAGAGCUUUGUUUUGUGCAUUGGGUUUUGGCUUUUUUUUUUUUCUUUUUCUGUUUGUUACUUAAAUGUGUAGAACAUGAAUGACUGUAUGUUUGCAUUUUCUUUAGGCUAGUACCAAACGAUUCUAAACAUCUUUAUUGUUUGUUUUUUGAUUUAAUCAAGUCAUUAAAAAGUUUCAA